UUGUAGUCAAUGGGUGCCUGCUGGCCUUGGGCUCUAGCAGUCUGGAAACUACAAUUCCCGGCGGGCUACGAGAUGCACAAGCAGGGAGUGGGCGAUUGCCUCAUCAGGUGUCGAGUGUGUGCCCUAGUGUCGUGGGAGGCCUGUCUGCCCCCCGGACGGAAGGGAGAGGUGGUGACCACUACUUUGAGAGGAUAGCCGAGGUCACUGUCGUGGUUUGCAGACGCGGUGCCAUGGCGGAAAGAAAAGGAACAGCCAAAGUAGACUUUUUGAAGAAGAUUGAGAAGGAAAUCCAACAGAAAUGGGCUACUGAGAAAGUAUUUGAGGUUGAUGCAUCUAAUUUAGAGAACCAGACUGGCAAGGGCAAGUACUUUGUAACCUUCCCAUAUCCGUAUAUGAAUGGGCGCCUUCAUUUGGGACACACAUUUUCUUUAUCCAAAUGUGAGUUUGCAGUAGGAUACCAGAGACUGAAAGGAAAAACUUGUCUGUUUCCCUUUGGUUUACACUGUACUGGAAUGCCUAUCAAGGCAUGUGCUGAUAAGUUGAAAAGAGAAAUAGAGCUUUAUGGUUGCCCUCCUGAUUUUCCAGAUGAAGAAGAGGAAGAGGAAGAAAUCACUGUUAAAACAGAAGAAGUAAUAAUUAAAGAUAAAGCUAAAGGAAAAAAGAGUAAGGCUGCUGCUAAAGCUGGAUCUUCUAAAUAUCAGUGGGGCAUUAUGAAAUCCCUUGGUCUGUCUGAUGAAGAGAUAGUUAAAUUUUCUGAAGCAGAACAUUGGCUUGAUUAUUUCCCACCACUCGCUAUUCAGGAUUUGAAGAGAAUGGGUUUGAAGGUAGACUGGCGUCGUUCCUUCAUCACCACUGAUGUUAAUCCUUACUAUGAUUCAUUUGUCAAGUGGCAGUUUUUAACGUUAAGAGAAAGAAACAAAAUAAAAUUUGGGAAGCGGUAUACCAUUUAUUCUCCAAAAGACGGACAGCCUUGCAUGGAUCAUGACAGGCAAACUGGAGAGGGUGUGGGACCUCAGGAAUAUACUUUAAUCAAGUUGAAAGUGCUUGAGCCUUACCCAUCCAAAUUAAGUGGCCUGAAAGGGAAAAACAUCUUCUUGGUAGCUGCUACUCUCAGACCCGAGACCAUGUUUGGACAGACUAACUGUUGGGUUCGCCCUGAUAUGAAAUACAUUGGGUUUGAGACAGUGAAUGGUGAUAUAUUCAUUUGCACCCAAAGAGCUGCCAGGAAUAUGUCAUACCAGGGCUUUACCAAACACAAUGGAGUGGUGCCUGUUGUUAAGGAAUUAAUGGGAGAGGAAAUUCUUGGUGCAUCACUUUCUGCACCUUUAACAUCUUAUACGGUGGUCUAUGUUCUUCCAAUGCUCACCAUUAAGGAGGAUAAAGGUACUGGCGUGGUCACAAGUGUUCCUUCUGACUCCCCCGAUGAUUUUGCUGCCCUCAGAGAUCUGAAGAAAAAGCAAGCCUUACGAGCAAAGUAUGGAAUUAGAGAUGACAUGGUCUUGCCAUUUGAGCCGGUGCCAAUCAUCGAAAUCCCAGGUUUUGGAAAUCUUUCUGCUGUAACCAUUUGUGAUGAUUUGAAAGUUCAAAGCCAGAAUGACCGAGAAAAACUUGCAGAAGCAAAGGAGAAGUUAUAUUUAAAAGGGUUUUAUGAUGGUAUAAUGUUGGUGGAUGGAUUUAAAGGACAGAAGGUCCAAGAUGUAAAGAAGACUAUUCAGAAAAAGAUGAUUGACACUGGAGAUGCAUUUACUUACAUGGAACCAGAGAAACAAGUUAUGUCCAGAUCUUCAGAUGAAUGUGUUGUGGCGCUGUGCGACCAGUGGUACUUGGAUUAUGGAGAAGAAAAUUGGAAAAAACAGACAUCCCAGUGCUUGAAAGGCCUGGAAACAUUCUGUGAGGAGACCAGGAGGAAUUUUGAAGCUACCUUAGGUUGGCUACAAGAGCAUGCCUGCUCAAGAACUUACGGUUUAGGUACUCGUCUGCCGUGGGAUGAGCAGUGGCUGAUUGAAUCGCUCUCUGAUUCCACUAUUUACAUGGCAUUUUACACAGUUGCACACCUCCUGCAGGGGGGUAACUUGCGUGGACAGACAGAGUCUCCACUUGGUAUCAGACCGCAACAGAUGACCAGGGAGGUUUGGGAUUAUGUUUUCUUCAAGGAGGCUCCAUUUCCUAAGACUCAGAUCCCAAAGGAAAAAUUAGAUCAGUUAAAGCAGGAAUUUGAGUUCUGGUAUCCUGUGGAUCUCCGAGUCUCUGGAAAGGAUCUUGUUCCAAAUCAUCUCUCAUAUUACCUUUAUAAUCAUGUGGCUAUGUGGCCAGAACAAAGUGACAAAUGGCCUGCUGCUGUGAGAGCAAAUGGACAUCUCCUCCUCAACUCUGAGAAGAUGUCAAAGUCCACAGGCAACUUCCUCACUUUGACCCAAGCUAUCGACAAAUUUUCAGCUGAUGGAAUGCGUUUGGCUCUGGCUGAUGCUGGCGACACUGUUGAAGAUGCAAACUUUGUGGAAGCCAUGGCAGAUGCAGGUAUUCUCCGUCUGUACACCUGGGUGGAGUGGGUGAAAGAAAUGGUUGCCAACUGGGACAGCCUAAGAAGUGGGCCUGCCAGCACCUUCAAUGAUAGAGUUUUUGCCAGUGAGAUGAAUGCAGGAAUUAUAAAAACAGAUCAAAAUUAUGAAAAGAUGAUGUUUAAAGAAGCCCUGAAAACAGGGUUUUUUGAGUUUCAGGCUGCGAAAGAUAAAUACCGUGAAUUGGCCAUAGAAGGUAUGCACAGAGACCUUGUGUUCCGCUUUAUUGAAGUUCAAACACUUCUCUUGGCUCCGUUCUGUCCACACCUAUGUGAACACAUCUGGACACUCCUGGGAAAGCCUGACUCCAUUAUGAAUGCUUCAUGGCCUCUGGCUGGUCCUGUGGAUGAAGCCUUGAUACGUUCCUCACAGUAUCUCAUGGAAGUAGCACAUGACCUUAGAUUGCGACUCAAGAACUAUAUGAUGCCAGCUAAGGGGAAGAAGACUGACAAGCAACCACCUCAGAAACCUUCACAUUGCACCAUCUAUGUGGCGAAGAACUAUCCUUCUUGGCAACAUACCACCCUGUCAGUGCUGCGUAAUCACUUUGAGGCCAACAGUGGAAAAUUGCCUGAUAACAAAGUCAUUGCUAGUGAACUGAGCAAUCUGCCAGAAUUGAAGAAAUAUAUGAAGAAAGUGAUGCCGUUUGUUGCCAUGAUUAAGGAAAAUCUGGAGAAGAUGGGACCUCGUGUUCUGGAUUUGCAGCUAGAAUUUGAUGAACAGGCGGUGUUGAUGGAGAAUUUAGUCUACCUGACCAAUUCCCUUGAGCUAGAACACAUAGAAGUCAAGUUUGCCUCCGAAGCAGAAGAUAAAGUCAGGGAAGACUGCUGUCCUGGGAAACCACUUAAUGUUUUCAGGACAGAACCUGGUGUGUCAGUCUCCCUAGUGAAUCCCCAGCCAUCAAAUGGCCACUUCACAACCAAAAUUGAAAUCAGGCAAGGGGAUAACCGCGAUUCUAUAAUCAGGCGUUUAAUGAAAAUGGACCGAGGCAUCAAAGACCUUUCUAAAGUGAAGCUGAUGAGAUUUGAUGAUCCACUGUUGGGACCUCGGCGAGUUCCUGUCCUGGGAAAAGAGCACACUGGGAAGACUCCCAUUUCUGAACAUGCUGUUUUCCACGUGGACCUCAUGAGCAAGAAAAUUCAUCUCACUGAAAAUGGGCUAGGGGCAGAUAUUGGUGAUACAAUUAUCUAUCUGGUUCAUUAAACUCAUGCAAAUUGGAGAUACAUCUUGGUUUCUAGGGACAUAACUAUUCUGUGUCUUCAGAUUAGGUGUGAGAACCUUAGACUGGACCUUAAUAGACUUCAUUUCUAACCAUCAAAUUCUGCCUGUAAUCAUAUUUACACCAAGUCAUCUUGGAUUCCUGAACCUAAUAAAUUUUUUUUUUUUUCCUUCUUGGGUCCUCUAAGAGAAGUAGUUUGUACCAUACUUUUUUUUUUUUUUUUUUGGUCUUUUUACAAAUUAUUGCUAUUUCCCAGAAGCUUCUGGUCUUUCAGAUUAACACAAAAAUGACAGUAUAUUUCUUUUUGAGGUGUACUUUAUACUACUUAUGAAGGCUAAGGAUUAUCUAAUUUUUUAUAUUAUAUCAUUAUGGAGUUAGCUGUAUUUCUUUUUUUAAAAUAAAAACUAAAUUAGACAGCUAGUUUUAAUUUUUAAAGAACAUAACUCAUGAUUUAAAAAAACACAUGAGAAUAUUUUAACUUAAGUAUUUUGUAUAAAGAACAAAUAGGUCUUAUAUUUAAAGAAUUCUUUUAGCUUUAAUGUAUUCGAUUAGCUACCAGUAAUAUUUUUUCAGGGCUAACAUCAAUAGUUUAUAAGCAGUUUAUAAUGAUUUACACUAAAUUUGGUCAUUUUAAAAAAGUGUUUUUCUCCCCAGGAACCUGCAUUUGUCAGAUUUAGAUCAUGUCCACUAUAUUGCAAAUUUGUUUCAUUCGAGCCAAAACAUCUUUUGAUAUUAUCUGUGCCGUUCUGCUUCAUAUGAGGGAAAAAUAUUAGGUAUUGAUUGCCACUGGAGAAAAAACAUUUCUGUUUCUUUAAGGAUUCAACAUGGGCAAAGAUUGGGGUGUCUGGGUGGCUCGAUCAGUUCAGCAUUUUCUCUUGAUUUGGGCUCAGGUCAUGAUUUGAGAGUCGUGAUACUGAGACUGUUGGCUCUCGUAAUCACCUGGGAAUCUGCUUGAGAUUCUCUCCCUCUGCUCCUCCCCCCACUCACGUGCACAUGCGCUGUCUCUCAAACAAUAAAUCUUAAAAAAAAAAUGACUGUAUGGGCAAAGGCCAAUUCCGAUAACCCUAAGGAACCUGAGUUCUAAUUUUCAUGUUAAAUCAAGAGAUUUUACUGAGCUAUCUUCUUCAACAGUUUGACAGGUACUGGACCACACUGAAUGCUUUAUCAUAGAUCCAUUGAAGUAAGUCAUUGAAUGUUAGAACUCAAAGAUCCCUUAGAGGACAAGUGCAAGUUAUCAUUUAUCAGGUAAGGGCCAGCAGCAUAGCAUAGCAGGUAAGGUUACAUGCUCUGAAGUCAGACUAGCCAGGUUAGAUUUCCACUCUUUCCAUUUGCUACUUGGGUGAUCUUGGCCAAUUACUCAGGCUCAGUUUCUUCAUCUGUAAAAUGGAAGUAAUAAUGUGCCUAUCUACUUUCUAGGCUUAUCAGAGAUGUUUAGGUGAAACAUUCUAGGAAAACCAUAUAUAUAGCAUAGUACCUAGCAAGCGGUAAAACCUCAGUAGGUGUUACUGAUUAAUGAUAAUAAUGAUGAUGAUAAUUAAUAAAAAGCCCCAGGAUGUAUUGGUUUAAGAUUAUUUAGGCUGUAAUCAUGUCCUUUCUGUUGGUUUCUAUGGGGCCACCAUUUUGUUGUUUGCCCUCUGGAUUCUUUUGCUGCUCCCUCACUGUGUAUAGCCUUAAUUAUUCCCUAAAUCAAUUAAUCUUUCCUCGUGCCUAAUUACAAACUCACUUAAGUUUAACUUCGGUAAAUUAAACUAUAUGUGUUUGGGGGAAAAAAACAAAAAGCAAACCAGAAGGAUGGAAAAUAAUUGCAAUAUUAUGGAUGAUUAUGCCUAUUUCAUUAGAUGAGCCUAUGAACCUCUGCUCCUUGGAUUAAGUGUGAGUUGGAAUUCAUAGAUCCUCUGUUCUUGCCGGCUUGAAUCCUUGGUGCCUCUCUUAGAAUGAGCAUCUUGCUGGGCUGAAUAUGCUUCUUGUGUUUAAAGAUACAUAAGUUUUGUACAUGGAAGCCUGCAAGUAUGGGCCCAUUGCUUCAUCUGGUGCUCAACUGAAGAAGCAACAAUUAGUUGAAAUGCUGAAGAAAAGGCAGCCCCGGUGGCGCAGCGGUUUAGCGCCACCUGCAGCCCAGGGCGUGAUCCUGGAGCCCCGGGAUUGAGUCCCACGUCAGGCUCCCUGCUUGGAGCCUGCUUCUCCCUCUGCCUGUGUCUGCCUCUCUCUCUCUCUCUCUCUCUCUCUCUCUCUCUCUCUCUCUCUCUCUCUUUGCAUCUCUAUGAAUAAAUAAAUAAAAUCUUAAAAAAAAAUGCUGAAGUAAAACAGGCUGCAUUCGGCUUACUGUAAUCAUAGGAGUUUGGUACCUUCCUAAAGGAUUUGAAUUCUUUUAAGUUGUGAAAUAUGCACACACAAAAGUGAAUAACAAGAAAUACAUAACACAUACUCAAAAUAUAAAAAAUUAAAUUAACAAAAAUAUUAGCAACAGCAAAACAAUUAUCAACAGGGCAAAAUCCUAUAUAAUCACCAUUCAGUCAAAGAACAGCACAACGCCAGCACCUCAGAAGCCUAACUUGUGCCUCCUCCUAUAAAGACAAGACUGUGUCCCAGUCAGUGUACAAUUUUUAUACCUGCUUUUUUAAACUGACAUCUUUAAAAAAGAUUUUCAUAUAAAUUCAAUUUAAUUAACAUAUACUAUCAGAUUUUUUUUUUUCUUCACUAACUGUUUUUAUACAUGUUCUGUGUGAAUCUGAAAAGAAUGUUUAGGGCAGCCCCAGUGGCCCAGCGGUUUAGCACCGCCUUCAGCCCAGGGUGUGAUCCUGGAAGCCUGGGAUCGAGUCCCAUGUCAGGCUCCCUGCGUGGAGCCUGCUUCUCCCUCUGCCUGUGUCUCUGCCUUUCUCUCUCUGUGUGUCUGUUGUGAAUAAAUAAAUAAAAUCUUAAAAAAAAUGAAAAGAAUGUUUAUUCUGCAAUCAUAAUGUUCUGUAUAUGUCCGUUAGGUUAUAGUUGGCAGAUUGAACUGUUCAAAUCUGUAUCCUACUGUUUUGUUCUUUUGUUUUUGAGAGGUGUACUAAAAUCUCCCAAGGUCAUGGAUUUACAUAUUUUUCCUUAUAGUUCAUAUUUUUUUUUGAUGCUAUUAUUUGAUGUACAUAGAUUUAAAUUCUGUUAUAUUCCUGGUAAACUGAACUUUUUCUAAUUGGGUAGUGUUCCUCAUUUUUAGAAAUGUUUUUUGACUAAAGGCUAUGACAUUAAUAUAAUGACAUCAGUUUUCUUUUGGUUAGUGUUGAUGUGGAAUAUCUUUCUCCAUCCUUUUACUUUUAACCUUCUGUGGUUUUAUUUUAAUAUUUUAUUUUGACAAAUUUUAAACCUACAGAAAAGUUAAAAGAAUUGGCCAAUAAACAUCCAUAUAUCUAU